UAAUGAAAGGUAAAAGCAAUAAUUUCUGCGUAGGGAAAAGAAACCCCGAACAGAAGUAAUGUUGUUCUCAAGAAUAAUUAAAGAAACUUGGGGGCAUCUUUGUCCUGUAAAAAAUGAGAGGAUGUUUAAACUCCAAACAAGAUUGAAAUUGACAAAAAGUGGGCAACAUUUAGAUAUCAUGUGGAAGGUAAGUAAAGGUGGUGACCAAGGAGCGGCCAGUCGUCAUCUUUUGGCCUAUCAACUAUGAACCAAGUGUCAUAACAUAUAUCCUCCCUCCAUUGCCCAUAAAUAAUAGUAGCACAGUAGUCGAUUACUUCCCUUCUCAACGGUUUUUAACUGCCAGAAGAACCAUGAAUACGGUGACCCGGCUUCACUCCCGCCGCUAAUGUCUUGUCUGAUCUGCGACCCAACUCUCCUUUCUGCACUCCCUUUCUGUUCACCAACCUAAGCCAGAGGCAGAGCUUCUUGUCACGUAGGUCUUUGCUUCUUACCCAGAAAUGGAGACAGCACAUGUUUCUUACAACAAGACCCAUCCUUAAAGAAGGGAAUCUCAGUAUUAAUGGCAAGGAAGCCUUGAAAGAUGUCCCCGGAAACAUUGUUGUCACGCCAUUAUCGGAUACCUCCGCGUUUGUGGGUGCCACUUCCUCGGACAGCAGCUCCCGACAUGUAUUCAAGCUUGGAGUCAUUAAGGAUGUCAGGUUACUCUGUCUCUUUAGAUUUAAACUUUGGUGGAUGAUACCACGGGUGGGGAGUUCAGGAAGUGACAUUCCUCUUGAAACUCAGAUGCUGCUCUUGGAAGCAAAAGAAGGACCAACUUCUGGUCAUUCUACUUAUAUCAUUUUCUUGCCUGUUCUAGAUGGCAAAUUUAGAAGCAGUUUGCAAGGCAACUCCUCAGAUGAACUUGAGUUUUGUGUUGAAAGCGGUGACCCUGCUAUAGUUACAUCACAAUCCUUGAAAGCAAUUUUUGUUAACUAUGGAAACCAUCCAUUUGAUUUGGUGAAGGAUUCUAUGAUGAUUCUGGAGAAGCAGUUGGGAACCUUUACUCUCCGUGAAACCAAACAGAUGCCUGGAAUGCUAGAUUGGUUUGGUUGGUGCACAUGGGAUGCAUUCUACACAGAAGUUAAUCCCCAAGGAAUUAAGGAUGGCUUAAUGAGUUUAUCCCAGGGAGGGACACCUGCAAGGUUUUUGCUAAUAGAUGAUGGGUGGCAAGACACGGUUAAUGAGUUUCAAAAAGAAGGGGAGCCAUUUGUUGAAGGGUCACAGUUUGGAGGCAGAUUGGCCAGCAUUAAAGAAAAUAAGAAAUUUCGGAGAAUAGACAAUGAAGCUAAAAGCAAGGCGCCCAGUGAUCUAAAAGAAUUUAUUUCAGAUAUUAAGAGAACUUUUGACCUAAAGUAUGUCUAUGUUUGGCAUGCCCUGCUGGGGUAUUGGGGUGGCCUUGUUCCAAAUGCGCUGGAAACUACAAGUUAUGAUCCAAAAUUGCGAUACCCUAUCCUAUCACCAGGAUAUUUAGCAAAUAUGAGGGAUAUAUCAAUGGAUUCUAUGGGGAAGUAUGGUAUUGGUGUGAUUGAUCCCGAUAAAAUAUCUCAGUUUUAUGAUGAUCUACACAGCUACCUUGUUUCACAAGAUGUGGAUGGGGUUAAAGUUGAUGCCCAGAACAUAUUAGAAACCAUCUCUGCAGGUUUAUAUGGUCGAAUGUCACUUGCAAGAUGGUUUCAACAAGCACUUGAAAGGUCCAUAGCUACCAACUUCAAAGACAACAGCAUAAUUUGUUGCAUGGCUCAGAGCACAGACUCCAUUUACCAUUCAAAACAAAGUGCUAUUUCACGAGCCUCUGAUGACUACUAUCCAGAAGAUCCUACAGCACAGGCGCAACAUGUAGCUGCUGUGGCUUUUAACAGCAUAUUUCUGGGUGAAGUUUUUGUCCCAGACUGGGACAUGUUUUAUAGUCUUCAUGAUGCAGCAGAGUUUCAUGCUGUUGCUAGAGCUGUGGGAGGUUGUGGGGUUUAUGUCAGUGAUAAACCUGGACAGCAUGAUUUCAAGAUACUUGAGAGGCUUGUACUUCCAGAUGGGUCAGUACUAAGAGCUAAAUACCCAGGAAGACCAUCUAGAGAUUGUUUAUUCACUGAUCCAGUCAUGGAUGGGAAGAGUCUUCUCAAGAUAUGGAAUUUGAACAAAUGUACUGGAGUUGUUGGCGUCUUCAAUUGCCAAGGCAGCUGGCCUCGCACGAAGAAGGCAGUCCGGAUGGCUGCUAGUUCUGAGCUCUCUGGACAGGUCUCUCCUGCUGAUGUUGAGUAUUUUGAGGAGGCAUCAGGAAACCAAUGGACUGGAGACUGCGCAGUCUUUUCCUUCAAAACAGGUGCUGUUUCUCGAUUGCCAAUGGAAGGAUCAUUGAACGUUGCAUUAAAAGUUUUGGAGUGUGAUGUGUUUUCCGUAUCUCCUAUCAAGGUUUACGAUGAGGAAAUCGAGUUUGCAGCAAUUGGAUUAAUGAAUAUGUACAAUUCUGGGGGAGCCCUGGAGACAGUUGAGAGCUUGGGUGAUUCUUCCGGUUGUAAAAUACAUGUCAAGGGCAGAGGAGCCGGUUGCUUCGGAGCAUACUCUAACACAAAGCCCAAGUCUUGCUCCAUAAACUUGAAAGAUGAGGCAUUUAACUUCAACGGCCACGACAAUCUUCUUACAAUAACCAUUCCUGCCACAGUCAACUCUUGGGACAUUGCCAUUUGUUACUGACGCCUCCAUUUUUAUUUUAUUUAUUUUAUUAAUUAAGGCCUUAAAUGUCAUAUACAUGAGCUGAAUUAAUUAAUUAAUUAAUGAACUUUUAAUAGUACUCAAUUCAAUCAAAU